AUGAAACCCGAAGCAGCACCCGAGGACGGCGCCGCGGCGGCCGAGUCCGCAACUGCCGGCUUGCAGCCCUAUUCCUGCUUGUCCUGCCGCCGGCGGAGGAAGAAGUGCGACAGGACCGACCCGUGCGCCAACUGCCGCCGGGCCGGCACGGAAUGCGUCUUUGUGCCCAGGAGGCCCUCGACGAGGCAGUACUCCGGCGCGGGAGCGCUGGAGCGCGUCCGGUAUCUCGAGGGCGUCGUCCAGCAGCUCAGGGCCAAGUUGGAGUCGCUGUCGGGGCCACACGAGGGCGGCGACGGCGCCUCAAGCCGGGGACACACGGCAUCCCCGGCCCAGCCGCAUGCCGCACAUGAUGCCGACGGCGUGCCCGGGUUGCACGAGGAGGACGACGACGAGGACGAGGACGAGGUGACACAAUUACAGACAGAGUUUGGCCAGCUUGCCGUCGGCGACGGGCGAAGCCGUUACAUUGUGAGCAACUUUUGGGCCAACCUGACAGAAAAGGUGGACGGCGCCGCCAGCAUCCUGGAGGACCUGGCCGAGGAGGAGGAGGCGCGGCGCGAGCAGGGCGACGAGCAGCCGACGUCGAUACUGGGACUCGGCCCCAGCCUCGCGAACGCGGGCCCGCUGCACCCGGCGCCGGACGAGUUCGCCGUGUACUGGCGGCUGUACAAGGAGAACUGCUACCCCAUCAUCCGCGUGCUGCACAUGCCGACGGUGGAGCCCGUGGUGCUCCGGUACCAGGGCCGGGCGGGCGGCGACAUGCCGGCGGGCGUCGAGGCGCUGCUGUUCGCCGUCUACUUCGCCGCCGUGGCCAGCCUCCCGGACGAGGAGUGCCGGGCGGCGCUGGGCGGCGACAAGCGCGUGCUCGUGGGCCGGUACAAGGCCGGCAUGGAGCGGGCGCUGGCGCGGGCGCGGCUGCUCGAGACGGACGAGGUGGUGGUGCUGCAGGCCUUCGCCGUCUUCCUCGGCAGCCUGCGCAGCUACUGCAACCUGCGGCUCAUGUGGUCGCUGACGUCGAUCGCGGCGCGGCUCGCGCAGAACAUGGGCCUGCACCGCGACGGCACGCACUUCGGCCUGCCGGCCUUUGUCGUCGAGUCCCGGCGCCGGCUGUGGUGGACCAUCUGCACGCUCGACGCCCGCGCCGCCGAGGACUCGGGCUACCGGACCUCGAUGCACGCCUCGGGCUGGGACACGCAGAUGCCGCGCAACCUCGACGACGCCGACCUGGGCCCCGGGCUCGCGCACCUGCCCGCCUCGCGCGUCGGCUUCACCGAGAUGGCCUUUGGCAUGGUCACGUCGCGCGCCACGGCGGCCUUCCAGACGCUGCAGAGCCUGUCGCCGGGCACCGUCGGCCCCUGCGGCCGGCUGCACACCGCCGACGGGCUCGCGCGCCGCGCCGCCGUCAUCACCGGGUACCAGGACGCGCUGCAGCGCCUCUUCGUCGGCCACGACCCCGCCGACCCCUUCUACUGGUACACGGCGCUCGUCUCGUGCACCCUGCUCAGCAAGAUGUGGCUCGUCGCCUACUUCCCGUCGCUGCGCCUGGCCACCUGCGGCGGGCUCUCGGCCGGCGUCCGCGACGGCCUGCUCGUGCGCGCCGUCACCAUCAUCGAGUCGCAGGGGCUGCUGUACACGGGGGCACACCGGCCCGCGUCGGCGGCGAUGCCCUACCGCGUCCCCGGCCCGGACGACCUCCGCUCCGCCGCCCACCGCUUCGACCACGAGCUCGCCUUCCGCUCCGCCGAGCUCAGCCCGGCCGCCGCCAUGAACCACUGCGGCGCCGAGACCCGCGACCACCCCCCCGUCUCCCCCGACUACCUCCGCGACCAGCUCCUCGCCUCCGCCCACGACCACCCCUUCGACCACCUCUUGUACGGCUCGCUGCAAAACGACGUCGACGUCGCCCCCGCCCACCAGAUGCCAGACUACCCGUCCGACAAGGGGCCCCUGUAG